ACAAGAUGUCGGAAGCUCUUGGCCAGUGUUCCCUAAAUAGUGUAGGGUCCAUGAACACGUUUGUAGGUGUGCUGAUACAAUCCUUAUUAGCAACUCAGUGUCAAAUAUCACCGGCCAGCUAUUGGCCACUAGAUUAUGCAGCAGAAGCUUUAGAAAUUGGUUUAGAUAAGUAUGAUUUCGUAGUGGUGGGAGCUGGUUCAGCGGGCUCUGUUAUAGCCAGUGAGUUAAGUGAAAAUCCUGAAUGGAACGUAUUGGUCUUGGAAGAAGGUGAUGAUCCGCCACAAGAAUCGGAGGUUCCCGGUUUAUUUUAUGCAGUACAACACACGGACUAUGUUCAUAACACUUUGAUCCAAUCUAAUGGACGUUCUUGUAAAGCCUUUAAGAAUGGGCAAUGUAGCUCAGCUCGUGGAAAACUUAUUGGUGGCACUGGCUCUAUAAAUGCCAUGCUUUAUGUGCAAGGAAAUCGUGAUGAUUAUGAUGAUUGGUUGGCUGAAGGCAACAAAGGCUGGGGUUACAAUGAUGUUUGGCCAUAUUUUAAGGAGCUAGUACGUCCAGUGGGAAAUGAGUCCAAUCCCCAAGGUUAUUUAACUAUAAAUGAAUUUCCGCAAUUCGAUGAUGAUAUUUUUGAAUUGAUUUAUAAGGCUGCUGAAGAAUUAGGGCAACCUCAUGUUAAGGAUUUCAUUGAGCCCACUUACACCGGUUAUGCCAAAGUCAAGGGCACUAUAAAGAAUGGCCAUAGAUCAAGUACUGGCAAAACAUUUUUGGGUAAGGUCUCGCAAAGACCUAAUCUACAGGUUAUUAAAAAUGCUAAAGUUAUAAAAUUGAAUUUUGAUGCAAAAAUUAAAAGAGUUUUAAGCAUAGAUUUCAUGGUUCAAGGUUUACAUCUUCUAACUGUGGCUGUUAGAAAGGAAGCUAUACUUUCGGCGGGCAGCAUAGCUAAUCCACAAAUACUAAUGUGGUCUGGUGUGGGUCCCCCAGAAGUUCUUAAACCUCUAAAGAUUCCUGUCAAACGCAAUUUGCCAAUUGGCCAUAAUUUACAAGAUCAUGUUAUGGCAGGGUAUUAUGUGGCCUUGGAUGGCGAAGCAGCCGAUCCAACAUCAAUGUUAGACACAAUUUAUCAGUAUUUGUUAUACAACAAAGGUCCCUUAAGUUCUCAUGGUGCCACCUCCCUACUUGGUUUCAUAAACACCGAUCCCACUAGCAACAGCCCAUACCCUGAUGUGGAAUUGUAUCAUGCAGCAUUUCGUAAAGGCGACUUUAACAGCAUGAACGUUUUCUUGCAGGCAUUUUCGAUGAAUGAGGCAAUGGUGUUAUAUUUUAUGAGUGAAAUACAAAAACAUGAUAUUUUAGGAAUAUUUACAAUGUGUUUGCAUCCCAAAUCAAGGGGACACAUAACAUUGUCCUCCUCCUCAUAUUUGGAAGAGCCCAUUAUAGAUACCAAUUACUUUGAUCAUCCACAUGAUUUACAAGUCCUAUUACGGGCCGCUAAAUAUUUGAUGCGUUUGGAAAAUACUACCGCUUUCCAAGAAAAAAAUGCCCACAUUUUACACAUACCCAUUAAAGAGUGUGAUGUUUACGAAUAUAAGUCCGAUGAGUAUUGGAAAUGUUACAUUUCGUAUUGCUCUAUGAGUGGUUAUCACUAUGCUGGCACUGUUAAAAUGGCGCCAAAAAACGAUUCAACUUCGUGUGUAAAUCAUCGUUUAAAAGUGAAAGGUUUUGAUAAUCUGCGUGUUGCUGAUGCUUCAAUAAUGCCUUUAAUAACCAGUGCUAAUACAAAUGGACCAACUGUAAUGAUUGCCAAAAAGGCUGCGGAUAUGAUUAAAGAGGAUUGGAGGAGAGGACAGAAAUGAUUUCA